AUGUCUCAAGAUAGACUCUCAAACGACGAGGCCAAAACACUGACGACCGUCUCCGAUGGCGGUGGGCUACAGUUCCUCGCCCGCCUAAGCACGCUCCUCACCUCCACACACGCGCAGGCCCACGGCUCGAUCUACCUCACCCAGAAACCUCUUCCCACUGAUCCUGAUUCUUCGUCGACCGGUGCGCCGAGUGCGGACUCGGACUCAGCACAGAUCCUCAUCCGCGCGACCAACGGCGUGGGAAGACCUAAAAAGGCCACCUCGGCCUCCAAGGUCUCAAAGUCGAAUUCUAGGGCAGCCGACUCGAGCACCCGGCCGAAAAUCAGGUUCGCGACCGUGGUGGCCGUGUCGGACUUGGAGUCCUUCUACGCGCGGUAUGCGGACGUGUGUAAGAAGGGGAUGGAGGGGUUGAGGAAGCGGGAUAAGAAAAAGGCAAAGGAGCGGGCGAAGGCGAAGAAGAAGGGGAAGACUGGUGUGGCGGCGUGA